AUGAUAGGGUAAUAUUAUUAUUACCAGUGUUUUGUCUAGACUGAGCCCUGCUUCGUGCCUAAGAUGCGUUUCCGUGAAUGAAUGUUGCAGAGUGUUGAUUAUUUUUUGCCCUUCCACCUUGCAGCAGUGUCUCUAGUACCUAGCAACACCUGCGACUGCAUUUGAAUAUUGCAACUAAUUAAACGGUCUUCCAUACCCCACGAAUGGGUACACUACUACUACUACUACUAAUUGCUGGUUAUCCUUGAUAAAUCUUCUCUGGAAAUGAUGGAACCGAUCUUCAACCAGCAUUUAAUAUAAUUGCAACUCCAACCAGCACUGCAGCAAGAACCAACGUCCCUUUCCCCGUCAGGUAUGGCGACGUGCAGGCAACAUCCUUAGCGUCCGACGCACCGCAGUGGAUGUUCGGUGUGCGAAUGGUCCCAGGAGUAGUGGGCAGUGGUAUGCCCAGAUGGCAGUAUUCUAUGGUGGAAGAGGACCCAAGGGCGCCUGGAAAAGCAAUCCUAAACAUUCAAAAGCGCUACUUCCAAAGAGGACCGAAUCUGAGUAAACUCUAACUUAUCAUGAGAAUGUUAUAAUCAUGUCUUCAUUCUUGAUCGCGAACAAGUAGAUACCCAUACCCUUCUUCGAGUACUACUUGUACUCGUUCUGCUAAUAGUACUUAUUCCCUCGUCGUACAAGUGAAUGGCUCCGGUUGUAUUUGGUAUAGCCUGAUGAAUUCGCUAACAACGAUUUUCUUCUUGUUUUCCCUCACGAUCAAAAUCUUCAUGCUACCGAAUUAUACCAGAACAAUACACGCACUUGUCCUUUCCCCACUACUUGGACCUCCAGGUACUAUCGAGAACGUAGGCUUGAAGCCGCCUCCCGGGUACAAGCGUAAUGACCGUGGUAUGAUUGACUACAGGCAGCCUCUUCCGGUAUCGAACAAGGUCGACGUUAAUCGCGUCUCAGACAAGCGUGUGAGUGGGAUGACAGGCACCGGCGCCAUAGUAAAGCCUGUGGUCAUGCCGCCAAGCAAUCACCACUCAGUGGAGCCCGAUUUCAGAGUAUUCAGCAAAGUCGAGCGAUACUGAGUGUGAUGUACUCUUGAAAGUUUAUGAAGCCAAAAUCUGUUAUCAUUAUCGUACUUUUCUACUUAAGAAACUUGAUAAUGAUAACAGGUUUUCGUUUCAUAAAGUUCGUUGUAGCAUCACUGGGGACGAGUAGAUUAAGGCUAAACCUAAAAAAGCAAAUGUUGAUCCCCAUUCAUAUUGAAUCUCCAUGUCUAUGAGUAGUUGUAUGUCAUCAAGGGCUAGAAAGGAACAUAGAAUGAAAAACACCUGUUUCAAUAAGCCAGCUCGUAGUUGUCGAGACAAAGCUUUUUCCUAUCAUGAUACUCAUUCAAGUUUAUGUCAGAAGUAUGUGCAUGAUAUCGAGUUUCGCCGUACUAAUUCAAUAUCGAGACCAGCAUGUGUCCAAGGUUCAAAGACUGGAAACUCCUUAGAAAGAAAAUGAAAUUAACUCCUCAGAAGUGUUCUGACUGCUCCUUCAUACCACUAGUUUCCAAAGUUUAUAUCCCUGGUUACCAUUCCGCUCGAGAAACCCCUACAUCCUUGUUUUCUUUGUCCUAAUGAAUGUGAGGAUAUUCUUCAUAUCUUUAUCUUAUAAAUUGUUAUGCACAACACCUACGCUAACGAGCUGGCUCCUACUCACAUGAUGAUAUCUACUCAACAUACCAAUUAUAACUUCGCAUUUAGCAAUAUGUAUUUAUGCUCCGUUGCUUGCCAUAAGGACCACACUUUCUAUUCCGAAUGUUGACGAUUGUCUAGUAAGUUUGCGAAGAAGCAACUGGUGACGACUACAUUAAUCACUGUUGUGCCUAGUGCCCGAGCCCGAAGACAUACAACUGCUGCAGCGUCGCCCCUUCACAUAGUACCAGAACCAGUCGUGUCUUCUCCAUGCUGAAGCAUCACGACUUAUCGGAGAGAAUCGGUCCCACACUCACGUGCAUCACGACUUAUCGGAGAGAAUCGGUCUCACACUCACGUUCCUGUCCACACCACCCCUUCACAUAUACACAACAGCUACUAUGUAUAAUGAAUCAAAUGAAUUUCAGUCCAACUCGAACUUCCUUCACACCAUGGACAAGACAACUUCUAUAGGUAUAAUAGGUUGAUAUGAUUCAUCUAGCUGCGAG